GAGCUACAGUAUGUAUAAAUCUCCGUACCCCUCGCUCUCUUAGGAGUAUCAAUCGGUGUGGUGUCAAUCACAGCGGCGGCUUCCCUUUCAUCUCGAUCCUCCCAGUCGCUGCGAGAGAGAAGGCAGAGAGAGAAGAGACAGAGGACGGGGAAGGAGAGCUACAUUUCUUACGGAGCGGUGCUCCAGUUUGGAAGUCGGUCCACAGCGUAUCGGUUUAUAACGCACUCCUCGAUCUUUCGUAUAGUGUAUUACUUUUUAUUUUAGCCGUUAUUCAGUUCAAGUAUGUAUGUUCAUUCUAAUAGGGAUAGAUGCGCAGUAUUGUUUAAGUUGGGGAAAUAAAUAGUGUUCUACUUGUGGCAAACAGGCAGCACGAGAUUCAGAGACGCGUUUUUUAAAUUAUAUUUUUCCUUAUUUUUUUUUCACGAAAGGACUGCAACUCUCACAGGACCCCAGAACGAGGAAAUAUAAGCAGAAGUUUUUUUCUACAUGCACUUUGACCGUUAGCGGAGCUCCCGGGUGUGUGCCCUCCUCUGCCAAAUCUAACGGCACAUCUGACUCUCGUGAUGAGGUUUUGACUUCUGACAUUUUAAAGAGCCGAACUGGCGAGUGCCGCGGGUUGAGCGUGCACUACACAUCCGCUUUUGCCGAUAACAUCUUCAAUUUCGGAUAUUUAGAAUUUGAAUCAUUGUAAGAAUCCAUAAUAUUUCGAAAAACAACGACAAAAAAGGAUCUCCUGUUAAUUUAGCUAAAACAAAAAACGUGAUCGCACGCAGUUUCCUCCAGGGUACGGAGCGCAACACUUCAAGCCGCUUCAAGGAACAUUUUUGGUUUCCUUUUGGGGAUUUCGAUAGUUCCUCCAAUUUGGACAGUGCGAGUACUUCGACUGAAUCAAAAUGCCACAACUAGCAGGUGGUGGUGGUGGCGGGGACCCUGAGCUUUGUGCCACCGACGAAAUGAUUCCGUUCAAGGAUGAAGGAGACCAAGAACAAAUAUUCGCAGAACUCAGUCACUCAGAGGAAGACGAGGGAGACUUGGCAGAUAUCAAGUCAUCUUUAGUAAAUGAGUCAGAGACGAGUCCAAACAGCAAUCAUGAUGGAACUAGACAAUCCCAAAUAUCCCAAGACUCAUAUCAUGAAAAACACAGAGACCAUCACGACGAUGGGAAACACCUAGACAUGUACAACAAAGGUCACCAAUACUCUGGAUACCCAGGUUACAUCAUGAUGACUAAUAUGAACAACGACUCCUACAUGAACAACGGCUCCCUGUCGCCGCCCAUGCCCAGAACGGUGAGUCUAGUUACACUAUACCUCCAUCAAUCAAUCACUUCCACCAAUCUGUCAAGCUAGCUAGCCCAGUUUGUGUCUAGUGCAUUUUCACUGCGUCAAGUUUGAUUCCAUGUUAAAUACUUAACCAGGUCUAAACCCCUAAGAAGAGCGUGCUCACCCUGGGAUUUCUUUUCAAAUAUACCU